AUGAGCAGCCUGCGAAUGAUACCUCAGCAUGAUGAAAAUGAUGAUGCAGCCGAGGUUACUUGGGAGGACCAGCAGCGUAUCAACACAUUUUCGAAACUGAAUACACGAAUGCGUAGUAUUGAUGAAAAACUGGAACAAUUAAAGCAAGAGAAAGAAGCACUAGACGACCUCUCCACUGAGUUGGAGCUUGCCGAUGAAGAUGAUCCUGUCUUGUACAAGGUCGGCGACACUUUCUUGCACAUGCCCCAUCCACGCGCUAUGAAACGCCUUGAAAGAGAUCAAGCAGCUAUUGACUCUCAGGUAUCAAUACUUGCUGACAAGUCUGAGGCAUGCCAAAAGGAAAUGAACCAACUAAAGGUCGUCCUGUACGCAAAAUUCGGACGCGCAAUUAAUCUCGAUGAGUAA